CCAUAUCCAUGAUCCUCGAGCUGGACAGCAAAAGUAAGGAAUAAAGAUAUUCCGACAAAUAUCACAAUUUUCUACGCUUCGUUCCAUGAGAACUCUAUCGACACUGCGCAAUCCAGCACCUUUGACAACCAUCUGCGCUGUUCUCAUCUCAAUUAUCGCCCUCAUUCUGGCACUCCCAAGCCAAGUCACAGCCCCAGCGUUUGGUCGCCUGAACGCAAGUUUCAUUCGUUUAUCCCCCGCUCGGAUCAGACCGAAUUUGGGCAUCAGAUAUCUAAUUAGCACUACUCCAUUCCAAGGCCGACGGGCCAUGGCGUACGAAAGCGAGCUCCGAGUUGCCCAGUUGGCGGUAGCACGAGCGGCCAUCUUGACAAAGUCCGUUUUCCAUGAGAAGGCCAAAGGGACAGUCUCCAAAGAUGACAAGUCCCCAGUGACUAUCGGCGAUUUUGGCGCCCAAGCACUCAUCAUUGCCGCCAUCAAACACAACUUUCCCCAGGACGAAGUCGUCGGCGAAGAGGAUGCCGACACUCUCCGCGCGGAUAAGAAUUUGUCAUCGAGCAUCUGGAACCUGGUGCAAGCUGUUAAACUUUCCGAUCCCGAGUCAGAUGCUCUUUUGGGCGGCCCCAUCAAGUCCGAGGCGGAAAUGCUCGAUGCCCUCGAUAAGGGAAACAGCGCAGGAGGCUCCAAGGGCCGCAUUUGGGCUCUCGAUCCCAUCGAUGGCACAAAAGGAUUCCUCAGAGGUGGUCAAUAUGCUGUUUGCUUGGCGUUGAUGGUUGACGGUGACGUCAAAGUUGGCGUUCUAGGCUGUCCCAAUCUUCCCGUCGAUGAUACAGAAGCGUUGACAGAAGAUAUCGGCUCGGCCGCAACUGAUGCCGAAGGCAAAGGGGUCUUGUUCUCUGCCAUUCAAGGCCAGGGCGCCACAUCUCAACCUCUUACCACUGGAGCUGUGACCCCAGGUAAAGCUAUUCACGUAAGCAAGAUUGACAAUGUAAGCCAGGCUGUGUUGUGUGAGUCUGUCGAACCAGGUCACUCCUCCAAAGGCGACAAUGCCGCCAUAGCCCAGAAGCUCGGCAUUACCGGGAAGCCGGUGCAGAUGGACAGUCAAGCCAAGUAUGGAAGCGUGGCUAGGGGUGCUGGCGACCUCUAUCUGCGCCUGCCCGUUCGCAAGGACUACAUCGAAAAAAUCUGGGAUCAUGCCGCGGGCGACUUGAUCGUGAGAGAAGCCGGUGGCCAGGUCACGGAUAUCAAGGGAAACAGACUGGAUUUCAGCAAGGGCAGGACGCUUACAGACAACAAGGGUGUCAUCGCAAGUCCUGCCAAUGUCCAUAGUCAAGUCUUGAAAGCGGUACAGGAAGUUUUGGCUGCAAAGUUAUAGAGUACAUAGAAGCUGAUGCUACAAAGAUAACGACAAG